AUGAGCAGCAGACGUGAGACAGAUUUACUCAUUCCCCAUUCAACUCGUGGCCGCGAAGUUUCCGCCUAUCUUUCAUACAUUAUCGACUACUACGAUAAACUACCGCCGUUUUCGAUCUUCCUCCACGCCGGUGAAAGCCAGCGCCAUAACGAUUUAUUUGGACUCAAAACCAAGGCCGUGCUAGACAACCUACGUCUUGAAGCCGUGGAGGCGAAAGGCUAUGUUAAUCUACGAUGCCAGCAUUCGCCGGGAUGUCCGACCCACGUUCACCCCAACAAUCCUACUGAACUCGAUAUCAAAAAUCACGAUACGCGGGCUUAUUUCGCACAGAUAUAUAAGGGGAUCUUUGGGGAUGUACCUGUUCCGGACGCUAUUGGAGGCAUCUGCUGCGCGCAAUUCGCAGUGAGCCGGGAUCAAAUACGGCGACGACCAAAGAGCGAUUACAUACGGAUGAUGAACUGGGUGGAUAAGGGAAGCAAAGAGACCGUGGAUGACUAUGGUGUUGGGUGGGUCUUUGAGGUAGUGUGGCAUGUGGUUUUCAGCAUGGAAGAUGUUCAGUAUGUUGCGCUUUGGAACCCGAUAAAACAGUGUACUGACAAGUCUCUAGCUGCCCUGUGUAUGAGCAGUGUCGUUGCGAUAAUUACGGAUGGUGUGGACCUUUGUCCUCGGGUGAAACCUUGA